AAUACGAACCCAAUGUAUGCCUCCCUUCACUCGUACAGUACAUACUUAGUGAGCGUCCCAUCGCUGUACAUGUAAUCCAAUUGUUGACAAUUUGUUAUCAACUAAUCAAUGGUUUGUUUGAUUUACCACUAAAUCCUAUACAUUUGGUCUCAAGUCAUAUGAUAAUCCGAUUAACAGCUGAAGAGAUGAGAUAUUGAUUGAUAUAAUAAUCAUUAGUCUGAAUGCAAACACAAUUUGUGUGACUUUUGGGGCGUUUUUGGGAUAAUUUUGCCAAAACUAUCACUUGUUAUCACAAAAUACUACAUCAUAUUAGGACACAACUGAUCCAAUAAUAACCAUCGAUGGCGUGGUCCAAAUAUCAGGUGUUUUUAGCCAUUCUUAUGGUGAUCACGGGAUCUAUCAAUACAUUGGCCACAAAAUGGGCUGAUAUAUCACUAUCAAUGGGAAGGGAUGGCACAGUGAGACCCUUUAACCACCCGUUCCUUCAGGCGGUGGCCAUGUUUUUGGGAGAGAUGUCGUGUCUGUUGGCCUACAAGUUGUUGUAUUUGUAUUACAAGCGGAAGGAUUAUACGGAUGACCAGUUGCCGCCGUCCAUCAGUGGUUCCCGUGGCUUCAAUCCAUUGAUAUUCCUGCCGCCAGCCCUGUGCGACAUGACGGCCACCUCUUUGAUGUACAUCGGACUCAACCUCACGUAUGCCUCCAGUUUCCAGAUGUUGAGGGGGGCCCUCAUUAUCUUCACCGGUCUUCUGUCCGUCGCUUUCCUCAACAGACAAUUAAAGCGUUACGAAUGGUUGGGUAUAUUCUUCGUCAUGUCUGGCCUCUUGAUCGUCGGCACAAGUGAUAUGAUAUUUGGUGCAAACAGUUCAUCGAUAGGUCGAAACAAUGUCAUCACUGGUGACCUCUUGAUAAUAAUGGCACAAAUCAUAACCGCCACCCAAAUGGUUAUCGAAGAGAAGUUCGUUUCGGGGCAUAACGUGUCGCCCCUACAGGCGGUCGGUUGGGAGGGACUGUUUGGCGCCUGUAUUUUGUCGACUCUAUUGAUUCCCAUGUAUUUCAUACCGACCGGUAAUUUCGUGUUUAAGAACCCGUACGGACAGAUGGAGGACGCCAUCGACGGCGUCUACCAAAUGGCACACUCAUGGCAGGUGUCCUUCGCACUCAUCGGCACAAUUAUCAGUAUAUCGUUCUUCAACUUCGCGGGCAUUAGUGUAACGAAACAAAUCUCUGCCACCACUCGGACGGUGUUGGACUCGAUCCGCACUUUUGUUAUUUGGAUAUUCAGUCUAUCGAUCGGUUGGGAGACGUUCUCUCAAAGGACUUUCAUCCAAGUGACCGGAUUCACGGUUUUAAUGAUCGGAAUGUUUUUAUACAACAAUGUCUUCAUUCGCCCCUUCCUUAUAAGACGCGGUCUCAUCAGAUCCGAUGAUUCCGAUGAAAGUGAUAUCAGUCCUAUCCUUAGAGGCGAUGACACGCCAGUCAUUCCCACUAUGAAUAACCCAUCGCUGCAGAGGAAUGACUCAAUUUACAGUUAAUCUCUUUACCAGUUCUGUAUAUUAAGUUAUAUUUUAUUGUCAUAAUCGACACAAACGAAUGUAAACGAG